AUGAUUGAAGCUAUAAAUGUUAAAAAUAUUAUAAUUGUAUUUAUAAAAAUAAUAGAUGAAACACUACCAAAUGGAGAGGGUAUACCACCAAAUGUAACAUUACCAGAAGGAGACAUUUUAUCUCUAUCAUUUUUAAAUAUUUCAUCAAUGGAAUCAAUUACAGAAGCAAAUGUUUUAAAUUUUGUUUCAGCGUUAAAAAUACUUACUUAUUUAGAAAUUGUGAAUGUAUCUAGUGUAAAUACAAUACCUGACUCUUUUUUGUAUGAUUGUCCUUUGAUAAAUACAGUGAUUUUAGAUGAAAGGGAUCUUACUAGUUUAAUCCCAACAUCAUUCUUUACAAAUACAGGUAGUUCAUUAAAAACUUUAACAUUGUCACUAUCACAACCAAGUUCCGGAGUUUGGACCCAAAUAAAUUCAAUUGAGAAUUUAAAUUUAAUUUUUUAUGGAACAACUGUAAAUCCCAAUAAUAUUUUAAAUAUUAAUGGAGCUUAUUAUCAAAAAUUAUCCAAAUUAAUUAUAUCUGGUUUAAAAUCAAAGGUAACAAUUUCAGAAAUGAGUUACUUGGAAAAUGUCUCUAUUGAAUGUAUGGGAAAAGAUGACAACUAUAAAGAUUUCAUUUUUCAAAAUAUAACAAGUAUGGAUAACUUAGUUUUUAAUGGUUGCUCAAUUAAUAGUUUAAGUUUUCCAAAUUCAAAUUUAACUAAUUUGGAAAUUAAUGAUGGUGCAUUAAGUACAACAAGUCCACCAUCAUUUCCAAAGAAUGUUGAAAUUUUAAAAGUUAAUUCAACAGGAUUUAAAAAUUUUCCAAAAACAACUGAAAUCCCAAAUAUAAAACAAUUAAUAAUAACCAAUGGUAUUUUCAUUUCACCAAUUCAAUCACUUGCACCAUCAUUAUCAAUUGCCAAUGUUAUUAAUAGUGGUUUAAAUGGUGAAUUACCACAAUCAUAUUGCUCAGUGAAUCAAAUUAAUUUAUCAUCAAAUAAUUUCACAUCAAUUCCUGAUUGUUUCCUUUGUCAUUGGUCAUAUACAAAUCAAUGGUUUUCAAAUAAUGUACCAGUUAAUUUAUCCCCAAAUUCAAGUUUUAUUUGCAAUUUUGGAAUUGUUGGAAAUAAUAGUGGUAGUAUUAUUAAUAUUUUUGAUAAUUCAACAAAUAGUACAAUCACAACGUUUAAAGUAUUAACCUAUGGUGAAACUAUUAAAUUCAAUGGUAUAAAUUUGGGUUGGAAUUUUCAAAAUCAAACAACUGGUUUAAAAAUGAUAAAACCAAAUACACAAUUUUCCUAUGAAUUCCCACCGGAAUCUUUUAAUAAAACAAAUGAAACUUUAAUAUUUUCAACUGGUAGAUCAAUUAAAAUCCAAUGGAUUUAUUAUCAAUAUGGAAUUGAAAAUGUUGAUUUCAUUCAAAAAACUGAUGGUGUUUUUGCGAAUUUCACAGGUUUAUUUGAUAGUUCAUCAAUUAUUUCAAUUAAUGGUAUAGUUUAUUCUCCAUUGGUUUUAUCAAGUAGGAAUAUUCAAAUUCAAUUUAAUAAUUCUUUCCCUGAAGGUCCAAUUCAAUUUGAUUUACAAACAUUUCAAACUUAUAAAUUUAAAUAUUUAAAAAGCUUUUCAAGGUCUUAUCCAUUAAUUACAUCUGCCUCAAUUAUUUCUGUAAAUGAUAGUAAAGUUACAAUUUUUGGUUCAUUCUUUAAUAAUGAAAAUAAUAAUAAUAAUAAUAAUAAUAAUAAUACAAUUAAACCAAUUGUAUUAAUUAAUAAUAUAAAUUGUGAUAUUGUUUCAUCAGAUAAUUUAAGUAUAGUUGCAAGUAUACCAAAGUUUAGUCAAGGUGGUUUUACAAAUUUAACAGUUAUUGAUAAUGGAUAUUAUUUUUCAUCACCAUUGAUAAUAUUUUAUGAAAAACCAAAACCAACGGAAUGUAAUCCAUCUUGUGAAAAUGGUGGUAAAUGUUCCCAAGGAUCUUGUGAAUGUGUUGGUGAUUAUUCUGGUGCAACAUGUUCAUUUAUUAAACCUUCAAAUUCAACCUAUAGUUUAAUAAUUGAUAAAACAAAACCAAAUGCAAAAUAUGAUAUGGAAAAGGGUGCAUUUGAUUUCUCUUUAACAAGUGUUCAAGAAUUGGAUCUUAAUAAGAAUGUAGUGAAACAAAUUAACAUAACCCAAUGGGAUUAUUUACCAGAUCAACCUGUUGAAGGUUUAGGUAAUUGCUCAUUGUAUUUCACAAAUGAAUCAAAUGUACUCAUACAAGUUUAUCUUUUCAUACCAACAGAUUCUGUAAAAUACAAUUUCGCUGGUUAUUCAUUAAAUAUUGAUUCAGGUCAAGUUAAAGUUUUGGUUAAUAUAAGUAAUUGGCAAUAUGAAACAUCAUUAAAUGUUUUACGUGCAGUUUUUAAAUCUUCAUCAUUACCAUCGAAUAAAACCUCAUCAAGCAAUAGUUGUGGUGAUUCUGACACUAGUACAUUAGAAACUACAAAUAAUCAAUAUAAUGCAUUGUUAUCAUUUACAUUCCAAAGAAAUGGUGUAAUUCUAUAUGGAGUUUUCAUUGAUAAAAUGCUAUCAAAUGGUAGAGUUGCAAUAUCAACCGUAGAGUCUUUACCUGAUUAUGGUGAUUCCAAUAAUAAUUAUUUUGGAAUAAAUAUGCCUCAUUGUACCAUAUGUUUAUUAGAUCCAAAUUUAGGACCUUUAGUUAAUCCAGGUUUUGAUUGCUCUGGAAGACCUUGGGUAUUACCUGUGUCAUUAGUGGUUUCAAUAGUUGGUGCUCUCAUAAUUUCAGUGAGUCUUUUUGUUACUUUUAAAAAAUAUUAUAUUAUUGCUCGUGAUGGUAAAACAAUUAAAUUCUCUAGAAGAAGAAAAUCUAAAAGUAGUUCAAAAAUGUCCACUCAAUAG